UAUAAGCGACGCCCAUGGUCACUGUUACUAUAUGUGACAAAUAUUGAGGUUUCGCUGUAAUAACUGACGUUCAUUCACGUUCCAGAUUCAGCGAAGUGCCGCCGAUAAGGAAUCUUGAAAAUUUUGUCAAAUAUACAUUUCAUAAAAAUGAGUGAAAUUACUUUUAAACUACAGUUAAUUCAAUUCGUGAUUUACAGUGUGUUAUUUACUUAUCAGCUAGGUCAUGGUCAAGAUUUUGGUUAUGAAGGAACUAUCGGUCCUGACUUUUGGGGUAUAAAAUAUCGUGGAUGUAAUGGAGGAAAACUACAGAGUCCGAUAGACAUUGAAAUAAAUAAUGUUAAAAACGUCAGCUAUCCACCGCUUAUAUUCAAACAUUUUGACGAACCAUUAGAAACGGUCAAAUUGGUCAACAAUGGUCACACUGUGCAGCUAUCAAUUCAGCAAGGUAAUAUACCAAGUAUCGGCGGAGGUCCUCUCAACAGCACUUACAAUUUUUAUCAACUACACUUUCACUGGGGCAAAAACGAUAGCGAAGGAUCGGAAAAUUUGAUAAACAACCACAGCUUUCCUCUAGAAUUACAUAUAGUAUUUUAUAAGACUGACUAUGGCAACUUCAGUUAUGCUCUCGGAAAUGAUGAUGGACUAACGGUAUUAUCUUUUUUGUACAACAAAACGGAUGAAGAGAAUAAGAAAUACGAUCAAUUUGAGAAAGAAUUACCUCUAGUUGAAAAUUUCACAUCUAGUAUAGAUAUCAUUAAUUUCGACUCAUUGGACGAUUUCACUACAACUGACAGAACUGCCUAUUUCACUUACCACGGAUCCUUAACAACACCGCCGUGCUCUGAAGUUGUUACUUGGAUAGAAUUUGCGAACACCAUACCACUAUCACACGAGCAAGUUGGAAUAUUGGAAAUCUGAAUCAAUAAUGAACAAUCACAUUCAAUAAUCAACUCUUCCAAAGUCAACAAUCAUGCGCAAACCUAAAGUAACAGAUUGUCGCUCUACACCCGCGCGGACAUGGGAUAAUGGAACACUGCGUAUGUGCAAACCACCACUAGACUUAGAACAAUACUCUUGCGCCAUUAUAACCGUUCAUUUAUAUUGUGCGGAAAGUAAGGUUAUAUGUAGGUGUAGGGUAAAUUCACGUAAGAGUAUGCACAUAAUUUUCUCUGGGCUAUAAAUUAGUUAUACUCAAUCAAUUUCGAAAAUAAAUAUUUAUUCAAGUGAGAAAUAUAUACGAAUAUGGAAAUGAAUCAAAACUGAACGAUUUCCUAUUAUAGUUAACUAAAAAUAAAAUAAAAACCAAAUUUUCAAAAUGCGUCCUCUUGGAUCUCAUUUCCUCUCAAGAGUACGCAGUGUGUUAUCCAAGAGUACGAAGUUAACCUAAGAGAACGCAGUCAAUCACUUUUCGGGCACAAAUCGCAAAAAUAAUCAAACAGUUCUUUAUAUGAAGUGCAAAUGUCAUUAAACCAGUGUAUCAAGUCUCUUUCUGGAGGGUCUGCUUUUCCUUUUUGGUUUUCAUUUCAUCAGGUCUCUUUUAACAGUUUGUCCAUUAUUCUCCUACAAAUUCUCCUCUUCUCCCUGAUACCACUUUCACCACAACUUUUUUUUCUCGAACAGUCACAAUUUUUGGAAUUUUAUUAGGAACGGUGUGCAUCCGUAUUAAAAAUCGUUUUUCCCGUAAACGAUUACUUUCCUAUAAGUUGUUGAAGAUUCUCAAAAAAUCUUGAUACUUGAACUUGAUUACAUCCAAUGGUGCGCGCUAAGCUUACUUUUUCCGGUUGUCUGAUAGCUAAGAAAUAUUUUUGGCAAAACGUUGUUAUCCACUUCUUGCUUUACAUCAAAGAUGGGCUUAAAGCGACCUGAAGAUGUGGGAAUAUGUUCUCAUUUCAACCGUUUCCUAAGUGUUACUUCAUUUAUACCGUAUUAUCUGGCUAAGGAUCUUUUGGACUGUCAAUUUUUUCUUUUAUUUCAUGCAAAAUUUUCUGUGUAAAUUACAAUUUUCGGUCAUUUUUUCUCUUUUAGUAAUGACCCAUGUACGACAAAAUUCAUAAAUAGAAACCCGUAAAAAAGAAACAUCCUAGAAAACGCACGCAUUCUCUAGAAGUCGUCGUUGCGGACUCUUGGAUUUCAAUCGUUCAAACUAAAGAUACACCAGCUCCAAAGUUCUAGAUGCCGGCGUAAACAUAACCUAUUAUCCAACUUAAACUUAUGAAUUAAAUGAAUAAAAAGUUGCAAUGAAGGUAGCCAGAACAUAAAAACUUUGCUUUUACUUUACUCUUAGAUUACGCGUACUCUUAAGCAAUGUUACCCUAUUGGUUGUGAAUUAACGAAAUUUGUAAACUAAUUUGCACACGGCACUUACCCACACAUCCAACAAAGACAAAAAGUGAAUAUUCAUGGAAUUACGAAAUUUUACUUUGGGCACUAAUUUCUGGAGGUAUUAAGAAUCUAAAAAUAUACCGUUCAAAUAAGUUAAACUUGUUAAUAAUACAGCAAUCACAUUAAUAAAAUCUUUAUUCAUACGUUCAUAUUUUUGAAAAUGACACUUUUAUGAACUGUUUGUAUGGUACACAACAUCAAAAAAAUUUUUACACAUAUAAACAUUUUAAUAUAAGAACGAGAACACAGUACACAAAAUUUUAACAUAUUUUCGUUAAGAGAAAAUUCAGGAUGUGGAAAGGUAUCCCUUGGACAUUUUUUGUUAUUUAAGUUUCAACUAAUGAAUUGUUUCAAGAAUUAUAUUGUUCCUGAAUAUUCUUUACGUGCAAUUAUUUCAAACCUACGUGUAAAUGUAUUUGUAUAAAGGAUGUUUCACAACAAUUAAGCAUUAUCUGUCUGCAAAAAUAGAAAAUUCUAUUAUCUUUAGGUUAAAUACCUGAGACGAAAAUUGGAAAUAUAUAAAAAAAUAUAUGGUAUUCCCUUGAUUGGAGUAAUGAGAGGACCACUUAAAAAUAAAACGUUAUAAACUCAUAUUAUACCCGAUAAGCCCUAAAAAUUUCAUUUCAACUCAUAUUCACUUAACUUGCAACGUAUCAACGAAGAGAAUAUAUACUUAGUCAUUUGCAGCGCAAAUAGUAAGAUUCAAACUUAUAUUUUUUGAAUAAGGCGUAAAAUAUGAGUUACGUAUAUGUAUACGAAUUGUAUCAUCUGUUUUUUUGGUAUAAUCCAAGAAUUCCAUAUUUAGAGAAAUCCUAGAACCAAUCAUCUGAUGAAAUGUUGGCAAGUUUAAACUUUUUGGUACCUCAAUAUUCAAACGAUUUGAACUUAUGAGACAUUAUAUAUCUUCAAGUAAUGAACUUACCAUGUGAGCUAACUAAAACGUUUUGAAGCGAUAGAAAUUUAUUUAAGCACCAUAUUUUCAACUGAUUAUUCUUAAUAUUUGUAUUUAGUACUCAAAAAUAUUAUAUGGAAACAAUGAAUAUUAUAGUUUUCAGUUAUAUAAUAACCAUUUUUAUUAUUAAUAAUAAAAUUUCUAUUUUACGCUGAAUGUAUAACAAAAUUGUACAUGGCCAACAAAAGGGAAGAACUUCUUUGUUAUUUCAACAUUGUACCUAAUGAUUUAUGUUCUUGACAUUGAAAAUUGUCAUAAAUAUCCACGUAAUUCCAAAUUCAUUAUCAUCAUGCUUUUUAAUAUAUUGAAUUAUGGCUAGCGCUUGGGGCGCCUACAUAUCCCUUUAUUGAGGUGGAUUACUCCCUUAAUUAAUAAUAAUUAAUUCCAAAUUAUCAUUGUCAAAAUUUAAUAUUGGUUAAUGCGGUUGAUUGAAUGAGCACUCACAUUAUUCUAUAUAUAAUAAUAUAUAUAUAUAUAUAUAUAUAUAUAUAUAUAUAUAUAUAUAUAUAUAUAUAUAAUAUAUAUAAUAUAUAUAUAAUAAUAUAUAUAAUAGUUAACAGAAUAUAAUGAAAAUAAGAAGAAUUUCGUGUUAAUACAUCGAAUUGUGUAAUGCAAAUAUUCAACAACUAUAUGGAGAGUAAACGAUUCACUCUUAUAAUACGGAAAUUUUCCACAAAUUCAUUUAAAAAGUUUUUGAAGUUCACAUUUAUUUUUAAGAAUGAAGAUACAAUACUUAUAAAGUACAUCUCAUGAAAAAGUUGGCUGAAAAUGAGUAAAUUCUAUAAGUAUAUGAUAAAGUUGUAUUUUCGGAUUGGUAAAUAUUUUAUUUGGAAUGGCAUUUGAAUAAUUGAAUAAAAACCCAAGUUUGAUAUACAAUUACAUUUUUUUAUGAUCAUUCAUCUGGAUAUGCUGUUAAAUAUGUUAAUUUCUCAUUUGACCCAGAAUUUGCUUGCUUUCAAAAUAUGGUAUAUAUUAAACAUAUUUUUCUAUAGCUGUACACUAAUUGUCCCUCUAUACUUUCGAUGCAAAGGAAGGAAAAAUACAAUAGAAUAGCCCGUUAGGUCACCCGAUAUUAUACCAUUAGACUUAUUUUCAUGGUUAAUUGAAAAUAUCUGAGCCUCACAAAUUAAAAGCUCGAAAUAAUAAGUGAGAACUCUAUGAAUUGUUGAAGACACUAACCUAACCGAACUAGUUCUUUAUUCACUAUUACAAACAAUUAUAGAAAUGGUUUGUUUUUUCAGAAUAUUUCAGUAUGAAUAGCUUAAUUUUUUGAGUCAUGCACCAAAAAAUCAACUUGCGCAUUUUUUUAUUCAGCAUAGCUGAAACUAUUACUGGCUUCACCACUAAAAAAAUUUAUUGAUUAUUCAUUUUAAAAAUACAAAAUUAAUCGAGCAGAUUAGGCAUUUUUUCAAUUUACCUUAGCAAAUAUUGAAUUAAUGCGAUGCUAUCUUUACACGUAAAAUAAUAUGUGAAACAUCCUUUAUACAAUAAUUUAUAAAUUUCGAAUUGAUGCAAACACAUCUUUCACAACUUCAGUUUAUAAUGAUUCUGAAAGUAUGACCGUAAUAUUUAAUCAAAAGUUUUGUUUGUUCGUUGAAAUACAUUUUGAAAUUUAAAACUCUGAAAUGUUCAUUUCAUUAAACAUAUAAAAUCCUUGCGCUAAACCUCUCAAAUCAGUAUUAUACGAAGUAUAACAAAAAUUCAUUAAAAUAUCGUUAUUUGAAUAACAUAAGCCCAAUUUUUAAAUAUUGACUCCAUUUUCUAACCAAAACUACACAGAUCUUCUAUUCCAUCACAGUUCCGUGCAAAAUUUGCGACCAAAUUGAGAUGAGUGAAAAUUUAUAUUUUUCACCUUUCAAUCAAAUAUAAAAAUCCCCCUAAUAACUCAUACUCGGCGUUCUUGUCCUAAGCGAGUAGAUUGAGAACGAGAUUAGAUCAUCUUGAUAUUAGAAUAGAAAUUUUAAUGCCAAUUUGUUCAGAUUACGGGCACAGGAUAUAUUUACUACCAUCGAAUAUCUUUUACAAUAAUACAGAAGGAGCUACAAAAGGGAAAGUAUGUUAUCUAUAUUGGUAUCGGUAAGUUGAAUGAUUUUUAUUUUAUUUAACGCAUUAUAUAAAGUCAACUAAUUCUAGAUUAAUUUUAUAUAAGAAAUUCACUAAUAGCAAUUAUAAUACUACAAGGAGUAUAAUAUACUAUCGAACAAUCUAUGAAUGAAAUUUUAGAUCAAAUACGACCGCUGUCUAAAACCAGGGCCACAUUGAAGAAGACACCCUUUACCAUCAAUAUUAUCAUAUACAACCAAAUCCACCUUCCUACAUGGAAAUAAAAACGACUACAGUCAAUAUCAUUUAAAAGGAAAAUGACAAUCAGGUUCAAGGAUUUUUUCAUAAGAUACCAUUAGAGCAUGUCCAACAAAAUGUAGCGUAACCACUAUCAACUUCGUUCGUCUCUUACAAAACUCCUGAAAAUGAUUUAUUGAUUCAAGAAUAAUAUAUGGACUUCGGAAUGUUUGAAGUAAUCAAUUGAGAUUUAAGAAUGGUUUGAUGAAUCCGUGAAUUCUAAGUAGACACUUGGAAAAUGGGGUAUCUUUAAAAAUUAACAGAAAAAUAAUAUCGAAUUAUGCAAAAUAGCCAUGAGAGUAAAUUAACUUGAGAACAAUAAAAAAUAUUAAUUAUAAUUUAUGAAAAUGAGAUAUUAUAUUACACACAAACAGUAACAUAAUUUUGAGUAUGUCUCUAAUUCAUGUGAAUUAUUAAAAGAUGUGAUGAAGACGCAGAAUUCAAUAGCCAGUACUCACUAUCAAACAAACAACACACCAUCUUAUGUAAAAAGCUGUAUGUUCUAGAAUUAAUAGAAAAUAUACAAUUUGCUAUCAAUUACUUUGAAGCUGAAAGUACGUCGAGAAGGGACGAAUGCGAGAAAAUAGAAAGUCUCAAACGAAAGACCAACCAAUUAAUAUUCUAACUUGUUGUCAAUGAUUUAUUUCCACAAAUAGCAGAAGUUAUUUGAAAUAAGAAAUAAAUAUUCAUUGUUGAGUUGGAGCAUGGAUUUCUUUUGAUACUUUAAAUCCUUGAUGCAUUGUCUUUCAGUGAAGACUAGUGAUAUCCAGAUCUCAAUAACCUACUACUAGUAACGUUCAUGGGCAUUUAUUAUUGAAACCCAAGUAUGUUUUGGAAGACUUAAUAGUCUCAAUGACGAAAGGGCAAGAUCAGCAUCGUAACCCUUCCAAGUAUUCUGCAACUCCUCACCCAUUCUGAAAAAGUAUUAAUUACCUUUGCAAUAUUGAACAUCUUUAGCAGACCUUGAAUAACUGAGAUGAAAAGGCAAUGGAUGAGCAUCACUCUUAUAAACAAUUCUCAGCAUUUGAAAUUUCAAAAAAUAUAUUUAUGUAUGGAGAGCUAGUAUUUGCCUUCUGCUAAAAAACGCGUUGUCAUAUUUUCAUCUGUAUCCAAAACACAAAUGUUAGCAAUCGAUAAUUAUUCCAUCGAGGUUCAAGAAUGCAUAAAAAUACAGGAGUAUGAGGCUCAUCAAAUUUCAUUAUUUCUAGAUUCACAUGAUAUGAGGAAUCUACUAAAAUAUCUACACACUCUUCAAUUUCAGAAAUAUAACUUAGAAUCUAGUUUUAGAAAAAAUACAUAGUCGGAAGCGAAUCAUCAAGAACAUUUUUUAAUCAAAUCGAUUUUGCUAACAAAGAAGAAGAUCGACUACAAAUAGUGGUAGUCAAUCAAGCUUUAAGGCCUUUUUCGUAAUACUCCUGUACCCGAAAUCCAAAAAAGUAAAUUCUGGAAAUGAUUGUUGUUUUUUUCUUAUCAUAUUUGAAGAAGAAUUGAUGUUUUAACACGAUGUCACUUGAUUUCAAGAAUGUUUUGUUGGUAGUGUAAGACCUAAGUAGAAAGUCUGAAGACUGGAGCAUUGUCAGAGAGACAUCUAUAACAAUGAUCAGAAAAAUGCAAAAUUUAGUAACUAAGGGUGCUGAUGAAUAAUACAGAAUAUUGAUAAUAUUACUUGGAAAUACGAUGAUAUAUUACAUAUACCCUUAGAGAUAUAAGAUAAACUGUCAUAAAAAAAAGUAAGUUUAUAGAUGCAAUCAGACCAAUUUAAGAGGUUUUUUUUAUAUUUUGUUGUGAAUCCUGUCUUUUCUGGUGCAAUUUUCAUGUUUGCAAUCAACUCUGUUACAACUACUAAUAUAAAUAUAUAAUAAUUAUAAUAUAUUGAAUUAUAUAAUAACCCUACUUAUCAACAUUUCUAUAUCACAAUUUCUUUCACAAAGUUACAGCACCAUAUUUGCUUUGAAAUUCUGAGCAAACCCAUCAUUCUUCUAAUUUUAUAUCACCUUCUUAAAGCACUCAACGUUCCAAAUGUAUCUGGUCUCAAAAAAGUUUAGGGACAAAUAUGUAUAUAGGCCUUUCAAAAUGUUUGUGAAAUAUUUCGUUGUUCUCAUUUAAUAGAAAGAGACCAGCAACUACCUACCAAAUAUACAAAGAAAGAGUACAAGAUAUAAUAAAUAUAAUUUACUCUGAAGUGAAUCAUGUUUUUUGUACUGCCUUCAGUUUUAGCUAGUUCAACCCGAAUUACCAAAUACAUCUAUUGUUUUGUCUUCCUUCAAAUUUUCGGCGUUUUCAUAUAUAUGUUCUAGUAUAAAUAUGUUUGGGCUAUAUUUGUACUGACCUGUUUUUAAUCGAAAUAUUUUUAAACGUUUCGGUUCAAUUUCAACCUUUUUGGUUUAGGCUAAAAUUGAUAGAAAACCUCAAUAUAUAUUUUCUGUUUGGAUAAAAAAGUUGUUCAUUAGAAAUUGGAGAAUGUAUUUAAUUGGGUAUAAUUAUUUAAUUUUUGAGAAAUAUGUGUUGACGUUUUGUCAUUCUCAAAAACAUGUUUUACAUUGUCUAGUCUGAUAUAAAAGUAUGAUAGUACUACCCUUCCAAUCAUACAAAGACAAAAAAGUAAAGUUGUUAUUUCGUUCACUCAACACAAUUUUAAUUGUGGAAAUAGAAGAGAUAGAACAGAGUCAAAAACAAAGAGGAAAUAUUUUUUGAAAAUGAUAUACACACACAAUUAAUUCGUAGCACAUGUUUUCGUAUUUAAGAUUUGAGAAAUCUAUUGAAAAUAACCUAAUACGAGCAAUAGAAGCGAACUUUUUAAUUUUGGUUGGACAAGUUCCACGUGUGUAUCUACUAAUAAAUCAAAUAUGCAUAUUAAUAUUUUCCGUUCAAAAAUUGAAUAAAAAGAGUUACAUAAUUGAUCAGAUGGAUCUAUAGUGAGUAGGUAUAUAUUAUUUCAUUAUAUAUCAGAGUUCUAUGUGUUUUUCGAACUCUCCAAUACUAAACUAUAAGGUCGAUUCAUAAACUUAACUCUUCUUUCGCUGUCCAACAUCGAAGGUACUACUCUCCGUCCUUAUGCCCGAUCCACGUUCUCCACGAGGAAAUGCCAGUGCGAGAGUGCCUAGCUGUCGGUUUUUCAUGCGCUAGUCAAAAGAAGUGACAGUGUGAACAAAGAAUAAAUCGAGAGUGUGGAUGGCUGGCAGAUGGCAGAUACCUAUCGUAUCUGCCACAAGCCAAAACUCAUGUCAAUUGCCUCUAGGAGGCGCCUCGCGAAAGUCUGGAUAGGGCUUUAGAUACAAUACCUUUCAUCAACUUGUCGUCGUGAGCUGUAUCGAUGGGUUGAAUCAGCGUAGUUCAAAAUUUUCUGAUUAUAUAUUUUGAAUUGAUCUUCAUUUGUGAAUUUGUAUGUAUUUUGAGGAAUGAGGAAAACGAAUGAAGAAAAUUUGAAUGGUUUUUAAUAUUUACUACGAGCAAACGACGCGGCGGUAUAAAAACUGAUCCAUCUAUAGUAUAGUUUCGAUUGCUACGGCAACGGUAUUUCUGGAGGCACAAGCGCAUUUUAUAUUUUUAAUUGGAGAAUUCAUCCACAAACUCCAUUUCACCACUCGACGUAGGAUUCCCUGCAUUGAUCAUCGGAAGAUAGGAAAUUAUUCAGCUGCAGCUCUAGCCACCCCUAUAUCUAUUCGCUUUAUAGUUUGUUUUAUUAAGCCAUUUUUACGUCAAUAUACAAUACGUAAAAAAAUAAAGUCCUCUAUCAAGAUCAUCAAGAAUAAAAAAAUUUGAGACCAAACAUUGGUAAUUGUGACUUAAAGUAUCAAUGUCCUGCUAAGACUAUUUUUCCAUUUUGUAUUGUGAAGUUAAUCAGUUUUCAAUUUUGAUUAACAACACUCCCCAUACAUAUUAAAACCUGCGUCGACUAUGAGUGCAUUCCACUAAGCACUCGCGACAAUCACGUUCAUGACCACUAUCUUUUCCGUUCCACUUAGUCCAUAGCGUUAUAAUCGAAAUGGCUUACGAGGCAUUUUGAGCAUGAUAAUGAUAAUUUGUAAAUUAUUCAAUUUUUCAAGUGGAGUGCUUAAUUGAUUUACAUUAAAGUGAAAUCAAAAUAUCUUUUGCGGCGAUAGUCAAUGCUUCAAAAGGACUAUACCGCAUCAAAUAAUGAGAAAUAUUCCCAUAAUUGCAAUCUGCGUCAUGAGUAAAAAAGUAUUUUAGGCGCCGUGAUUGCCUAGUGGAAGGCACCAUAGGUAUAUUGCAUUAUCCUCUAAAGGAUGAAGUAACACCAUUUCUAUUUGAUUUAUCUGUUGAUUGAUAUCUGUUUCCAUGCUUGCCUAUCCUGUGCAAUCUUUUUGGCAUGAUGCAGUCUCAUAUUUAUUGAGGAUUUUGUUUGGUCUACCCAUCUAGCUGGAGAUCUGCCUCUUGGGCGUUUGACUUCUACUUUCCCUUCUAUGAUUAAUCGUUCCAUUGUUCAAGAUCUUCUAGCUAUAUGUCCCAGGUAUUGUAGAUACAUGCGGAUAUUCUGGAGAGCAGCCUUGUACGUGGGCCAAAUUCUUGUAAUACGGAUACGUUGGUUUGGUGUUCUGUCCAUGAUACUCGUAAGAAUAGUCUAUAAACGUAAACCUAAAUAUUCGACUAUAAACCAUCUACUUUGUUUAAGUCCAUAUUUCCACUGUGUUUUUUUCGUGAUAUAUUUAACUUUUCUUAUUUUAUUUAACUUGGUAGUCGCUGAUCUUGCCAUAGUCAGACGUCGGCGUAUUUCGCUUUCGUAUUUCCCACUGUUGGUAAUUAAGGUAACAAGAUAAUUAAAAUGAUUUACCACUUCGUAGCGUGCAAUUUCUUAUGAUUGUGAAGAAUUGUUGUCUUGUUGAUUAUCAACUCAUUAUUUAUGUUUUGGAUUUAUUUAUUUUUUAGCUAUAUUUUUCGCUGAUUACAGACAGUCUGAUCAUAAUUUCUGUUAUUGCUGGUAUGGUUGACGCUAUGAUUAGUGUGUCGUCGGCGUAGCACAGGCUAUUAAUCCUCUUUCCGCCAACUGAUAUUCCGUCUUGCCAUUCAUCUAGAACCUCUCUCAUGACGUAUUCGGUAUAAACGUUAAAUAAGGUAGAUGAAAGUAUUCAACCCUGUCUAACUCCUUCGGCCGUUCUGAAUGUCCCCAAAUAAACCCCGUCGAUUCUGACUUUCGCGUUGUUUUUCUGAUAAAGGUUGCGCACUAGUUGAACCAGAUAUUUUAGCGUUCCCAUUUUCUCCAUUAUGGUCUAAAGCUUCAGUUAACUUUAUCAAAUACUUUUUAAUAAUCUACAAAACAGAAAUACAGUGGAAUAUUAAAUUCUCUAGACUUUUCAAUAAGUUGUCUGAUAUUUAAUAUUUGUUUCCUAGUUCCUUUUCCUGGCACAAAACCUGCUUGCUCCUCUGAAAGCUGUGGCAAAAUAUGGUUAUGUAAGAUAUGCAGGAGGAUUUUACUAGUGUGAGAGAUUAGAAAAACCGUUUUUCAGUUGUUGCAGUCCAAGAAACCUUUUUUGAAUGUUGGAAUAAACAGCGAAUCUUUCCAAUCUUAAGGCCACUUUCCAUAUAAGGUUACAGAUUUUGUGGAAUAUUUCUAUUCUCUCCUUGCCCAGAUCUUUUAAGACCUCUGCCGUUAUUUGAUUUGCACCUGGUGAUUUUUUGUUUCGGACAUGUUUUAAGGCAUUUUCAACUUCCGAUCUUAUCAGGCUCUGGGCGGGUAGCUAUUUCUUCAAAAUUAACAUUAACUUUUUGACAUUAUCCAUAACAAACUUCUGCUAUACCAUUGUCGUUGCUUACAAUUUCUCCCUUCUCAUUUAUUAUUACUUGGAAGCGCAGUUUGAAUUCUUGGUGUAUAAAGCGCUACAUAAUUUUUUGUCUCACUCCACCUCAAAAGAUAUUACCAGAUAAAAGUAGACAGUUAAUUUUUAAUCAGAUACUGGUGUUUUAGCUCGGAGAAGAUAUUUGAAAUGUAUAUAAAAAUGUUAUUGCUUCGUUGAAAUAUACGAAAUAAUAUCAAGAAUGGUCAUACACGUUUAUGGAAACGUUUCAUCUCAACAUUAAAUGACGAAUCGCCACAACAUUAUUUCAUCAACGGAAAUACACAAAAUAAGAGAAAAGACAUUGUGAUUAUUAUAGAUAACACAAUUAAACACGAUUAUUUUAGGUGAAACAUUUACAUAUAUUAUGGAAAAAUUCAUGUUGAAAAUUUUAGUGUAAUUGUAACGUAAGACUAAAAGGUUUAUGUUUUUUAUAAAAAACGUUAUUUCCAAAAUACGAGCAGAGUUUACAAUUUAGAAGCAUACGAACUUCGUUGUAGUAGGCAGUAACAAAUAACUUAUUAUAUUUUGUACUUAUUUAUUUUUAAGUAAAAGAUAAGAAUAUGAAUUUUUCACUAACACAUACUAUACAGUUUAACAUCGAGAUAAACAACAUACAAGCACGUUUAUGUAUAAGUCUAUGCCCCUCCUAAAAAAUUGUUUAACAAAAUUCUUUCCAUCUGGCGACAAAUUCAUAAUAUUUACAGUACACAAAAAUAUUUCAACUAUUUCACUUUUUAUUUAGGAACAUUUAUUUUUAAGAUUUUUCUUAUAUGUAUGUACAUGUAAAUAGCGAAACAAUACAAUAAGUAUUUUAAGUUUUCUUUAUAUAUGGAAGGACUUUGUGCUUAAGGACAAGGUGAUGAUUGAAAAAAAUAUAUUACGUGUAGUAUAUUUGAAUAAAUGAUUCGAAACAGGAAGUCUCUCUAUUUUCAACAAGUUUAAAAAAUUAAAACGACAAAAAACUACAUUUCUGACUAAACCAACCCAAUCUUUAGCCGCACUCAUUUAUUUUAUUUAAAAUAUUUAUGUUUAUUGUUACAUAUAAUUUUGCUAAAAUAGAUUAUUUACUCUUACCUGUGUUUUUUAAAAUGGAUUAACUGAAUUAUACGAGUACCCAAAAAUUAGCUCUUAGUGCUUGUUUUAUUGUAGUUUUAUUUCUUCUUUGUUUAAUCAAUAUUUUUGGAAAAUAAGUUUUAGGAGUAUUUGAACAUCAUUUAUUGUUGUUUAUGACUAAACUACUGCAGAUUUUUAUCUGCUUUCUUUUCUAUUGUGUAAAGGUUGUGGUAGUGGUGGAAUAAUGAGGGGUGAGAGGUCUCGUUAAUCCCCCAGGUAUAAGGAAAAACCAAAACAAAGCACUCAGUACAACGGCGCCCCCAACGGAAGGUUUAAUAUGUCUAUUUAUUUAGGAAUAUUAUUGAUUUAUAACUGAUUAUAAAAAAAUUUUUAUGAACCUCAUGUAAAAAGUUCAUGGUAAAGCUGGUACAGAACAAAAAAAUGAAAACACUAAUUUGCAAAAAUUUAAGAACAUUCAAACAAAUCCACAACUCUUGGUCAUUAGGCAAACGAAUCUGUUGUCCCCAUGACGUUUUAUUUCUUCAAUCUCAAUGAAUAUGUUCAUGAAAAGGUCUAGACAUAGGUCAAAAUGCAACAACGAAUAUAUCGUUGAUGGAAAGCCUCAGUUUAGGGUUUUUAGGAUAGUUGUGAGAAUAAAAAGAUCUAGUAUCAAGUGUUUAUAAUAAAGUUGUUGAUGUAAGCAAAUCUUGCACAAUAUCAUAACCAAAUUAUGAAACAAGAUUCCUGGGAAAGAAAAACCGCAUCAUUAUUAUCAUCAUCAAACCGUGGACCUGGGACAAUACAGUGUUUUGUUUGUAAAUAAAUUUACCAGUAACUACUGUUUGAAAAUAAAAUCACAAUAUUUUAUUCGUCAAAAUACAAACAGCAUGUUUAACUUUCUCUUUUCCGUUAAGUUCGUUGUUCUACAUAAUGUUCAGGUUUAUACGAAGCUUAAAAGUUUUGACAAUCAGUGAUCAUAAUUCAGUGAAGAGCUAGAAGGCUGAAGGCUCUAGCUUAAACUGCAUAAUUAUACAAUAUUAUAUUUACACGAUUACAAAGCGAAUAGAACAAGUCACCUAUAUUAUUUAGAAAUUUUAUAUUAUGUCCCCAGCUUGAAAUCUUAUUUAAAAAUCAAAAAGCUUCAAAUUGGAAUCAUCAUUUAAUUAAAUAUACUACAACACAUUCUGAACACAGCGUCGGAUUAAGAAAUAGAGGGACCCACUUAAGGAAAUCAAAAUCAGCUGGAACUAUUUUAAAUGUAAUAUUUUAGUUUUAACUUAAAUAUGAAUUAUAAGUAAAAGUAAAUUCAAAUCUUAUUUCAUAAACUGUAUAAAUGUUUAUUUAAAAAAUUUUUUUCUCGAUUUAGUUGUCGCAAAAUUUUCAAUUAACUCAUCAAAAUUCAUAUUCUGUAACGACUCAUUUUCAAUACACAGCCUUGUUAAUGAUCUAACAUUGUAGAGCGAUUUACAUUUUUUUUUUCUUUAAAACUGACUUUAAAA